AUGACUUCAAAUUCUGGAGAGAUGGAUGACCAAGGCGACAAUGAUGUUGAAGAGGGGUAUGAUGUGAUUCUAGGAGCCGAAGGGUUGAGAAUGUUGGGAAUUAUUGAAAGGGAUUUCUCUAAACUACUCGAGAUUCCAAAAUGGCAUGAGGCAGAAUUUAUCCAACAUAUUGUUCAAACGAUAUUGGACAAGUUGCAUUCCAUUCCCGUAUUCUCGAAUGAGCUCCUAGUUGGAAUAGAUUCUCGUGUGGGGGAAAUAAUUUCAAACCUUCAGAUAGAGUUGCCUGAUGUUCGCAUGAUAGGGAUAUGUGGGACGAGUGGUAUUGGUAAGACAACCAUUGCAAGAGUAGUUUAUAACAGGUUGUCUAAUCAAUUUGAAGGUAGUAGUUUUCUUGCUGAUGUUAGAGUAGUCGCUAAAGAAGUAAGUGGUUUAAUUAGUUUGCAAGAAAGACUUCUUUCUGACAUCUUAACUGAAAGUGAUACAAGAAUAUCUGAUGUUCUGAAAGGAGCUGAUCUGAUCAGUGAUGGGCUGCGUACAAAAAGGAUACUUCUGGUUCUUGAUGAUGUGGAUCAACCAGAGCAGUUAGAAUUAUUAGCUGGGAAGCCUAGUUGCGUUGGUCCAGGCAGUAGAAUUAUCAUUACAACAACAGAUCAAGAUUUGCUGGUUGGACAUAAUGUUGAUCAAAUCUGUAAGUCCAAGGAAUUAACUAAUGAAGAGGCCUUUUCACUUUUCAACUCCAAGUGUUUUAAAGAGAAGCAUCCUCCCAUAGAGUAUAUGGAAUUGUCCAAUCAUUUUAUUAAUUAUGCCGCUGGCGUUCCUUUAGCUAUUAAUGUUUUGGGUUCUUUUCUAUUCAAAAGAACCACCCAAGAAUGGAGAGUAGCAUUGGAGAAGGUUAAAUUACAUCGUACGGGAGAAAUUUAUAAUUUUCUUAAAAUAAGUUUCGACGGACUAGGGAAAAUGGAGAGGGAAAUAUUCCUACACAUCGCAUGUUUUCUUAAAGGGGAGGACAAAGAU